AGGGAGGAUGGAGAACGGGCCCCUGGUGGAGGUGGACUCCCUGCUGGACAGCGCCUACAGUGCCGUGGUGCAGAAGCUGAAAGGGAACCACGGUAACCUGGCAUCUAAAGAUGAGACGGUGGUCACGGGGCUGGGGCUUGGCGCCAUGGAGGAUGAUGGGAACAUGGGUCCGCUCAUCACCCUUGCCGACGAGAAAGACAGCGUCCCUAGCAACAACGGAUUCCUCUUCAGCAAGGUUGAUGAGAAGRUGCUUCCAGCACUGGCCACCACAGACCCUCUGGUUCUGCCCAGCCCGGACCAGCCCAACCCCUCAGGCUCCGUCCCCGUCCACUCCUCCACCAGUGCCAGCGACGACCUGAGUCUCCUAGCCCACAUGACCUCCUGCAGGGGCUCAGACCUGAGCCAAGCCCAGGGAGGGCUCCCCGAGGUCGGGCCCUUCAAGAUCCAGAGCCCCCUGGCUGACAUCAGCUCCAUUGCCCAGAGAGAGAGCCAGGCAGCUGAGAUCCAGGCCCAGGGCCACCCAGGGGGAGAGGGUCCGUCUGGGGCAGAUGGAGAGGCGGUGGGGGGUAAGGCUGGAGGUGACACGGUGAGCACCACGUCCGAUACAGAAAGGUCUGAUGAUGGGAAGGAGAUGAAGAUCCAGACCACGGCCACUACUCAGGUAUCACGUCCCGGUGUGUCAAAUAUCUUACCUCAAGUGUCUUAG